AUUACGAAUUUUAUGCGGAAGAAUUUUUAAAUUUAAAUUUCCCGCCAUGUUUUCAAAGCAGUUUUCUUGUUUUUUGUUAUCAAUCUUCUUUGUGACCGUGUGCGUUGUGGAUUUGAAGAAACAUGCACCAACUUCUCCGAAUAACUCCAAAGAUCCUGCAAAAAGAUUCAUUGGAUUCAAUUCAUCAGGAGCUUCUCCAACUACUCCAGAAACUACCAUAAGCUCGUCUGACUCUACAAAUGAAUCCUCAUCGAUCACUUCUUCGACAGAUUCUUCUACAAAUUCGAUGCUGCCUGAAACAUCAACAAUUGAUCCAGGAUCACAAUCGUCUAGCUAUUCUGGAAAUUCUUUGACUGCAUCAUCUACAACAAGUGACCCAUCAAUUCCAAACCCAACACGUAAACGAAUCACAAGACAACCAAAUUAUCCUCCAUGGCAACCUCAUCAACCAUCAAAUCCUAAUCCUCCUCCAUUUUCGAUGAAUGUUCCAGACUUUCAUUGUUUUAUUGAUGAGAAGAUGAGAGCAGAAGUUGAAAUAUUCCAUGUAAUUGGCGUUCGAAAUUUUGAUGCUCGGUUUAUGAUAUCUACACCACCUACCCAAUUCCGUUUUUCAUUUUUCGAAAAACACGGGACACCAUCAGCAGUAUAUUCUCACUCUGAUAUUACUACAAAUUCACCUGAUCCUACAACAAUUUCAAGUGAUUCAACAACUUCUUCUGACAACUUUGCGGCUUUUGAUUGGAAUUUCUUCACAAAAUCUACAGCAGCUCCAGAAACAAAUUACACCACGCCUAUGAAUAUUCCUAUCUCAAAACAAGCAACUCUCGCCUGGGAUCAAUCGCAACAACGUUUUUAUUUUGUCGUUCCUGACAACGCUUUCCGGAUUUACACAAUUGAUCACAGCUUCUACUCAGCCAGUAUGACUACAGAUGGCGCCACUUUCCCGUUUAGUAGCGUACCAAAAAAGGCAGACGCUUCGAAAAAAAUGACGUCGCCCUACACGUGCCAUUAUAACGUAAAGAAUCAAAAUGUUGUGUGCGUUUCAAUCAAUGAGCAACUUGUUACUGUGGGAAUUUACAGUAGACCACUAAGAUACUUAGAAAAUCGAUUUUCGCUGCCAAAUUAUCUGAGUUUUGACAAGUUCUUCUCUUAUGCGGAUUCAAAAGGAAAUGAUUUUAUUCUAAUUCAUCAUAAGGCUCAAUGGAUUUAUCGAAUCAAUUAUCAAUUGUAUUUGAACAAUCAUAACAUGUUUUUCAAAGUUUUUCAUCUGAGAACUCCUGAUGGUAAACUGCAAUUUGAUAACUUUGAGCACGCUGAUGAGUAUGGACUUGUCACAAGAUAUUCAAAUUCUGAUGGUCGCUAUCGGUAUUAUUAUUCGCUGUUCAGUGAGAUGUCCGGUUUGACAACUUAUUGUGUUCAUGAUCAGUAUAUUGAUGGACGUUUGAUGAUUUUGGGAAGACAGCGCAUUGUGCCAGUCAAAAGUUUUACUGAUGAACUCCGUCAAAUGAUUAAUAUCGAGAAAGGGGAGGAUACUGAUAUUCCAACAAUGCUUCGUCUUCUUUUUUAUUGCUCAUUGCUCUAUUUAUUCAUUUUCGUGACAGUACAAAUGAUUCCAGCUCGAGAGAUAAGUAUUAUGAAGGAUUUGCAUCACAUUGGUCGUGAAAUUAAAAGAUACUCUCCAGUAAUUGAGUCGGUUAUGACAAAAGUUCAUGCAUUUUUGGAGGCAUCGAAACGGCAGGCAAACAAGAAAGUUGAAUAAAUUUAUUUUCUGUGUUUUUAAUUGAAUAAAGUAUUGAAUCGAAAU